UGGCCGACUGAGCGCCAAAAAAAAUUUUACUAUUUACAUCUCACGUGCUGUCUUAACACGUUUUUAUAUUUACUAAUUACUUGUCAAUCAUUGUCAAUCUUAUUUGUGAUUUUCGUAUGUCAUUAUUACUGUCAUCUUGAUUGUUAAUUAUUUUUUUCAAUGGAUCAACCAGCAAAACGUCCAAAACUAACAAAUGACGCAUUGAUUGUAAACAUAACCAAGUCUAUUGAAUCAUUAGCUGACUCAAUACAAAGCAUUGGAAAAACUCAUGCAUCAUUAUUAAAAGUAAACAAGUCAUUAGUAUCAUAUAUUCAAAAUAAAAAACAAUCAUCAAACCAAACAAAUUUAGUUCAUCUCCAAGAUGAAUGUUAACUCUCAAAAAAUGUCAACAAUAAAUUUCUGGUUUAAAAAAAUACCAAUAACAAAUGAAAUGCUAAUCAUUGAAAUUAUCAGUCAACAUUGAGACAUAAUGACACGAUUUUAAAAUCAUCUUCAACAAUAUGAGCAAAAUGAUGAGUACAUAGGACGAGUACAUAACAUGCCUGUGUAUGUAUUACAAAGUCGAGGAAGGGGACAAAAAAAUAAUAAAAAAAAAAAAAAUGUAUAGCGCGGAGUAAGCUCCAAUAGACAAGUGAUUACAAAUACACGAGUUGUCUUGGUACAUUGGUUCAACAAAGUUCAAUUUAAAUUGUGAUAACAUCAAAGAAAAUUAUAAUAAAAAAUUACAAAUGUUAUAUGAAAUAAUAAUGUGAUUGUAGUACUUGUUAAAUGUGCGCAAUGGAGAAUAUUAAUAUUAUUGAAAAACCAAGGGCGGCGUGAGAAAGCGAGGUAAAUACAUACAUGUACGCAGUCAAUCAAUAAAUUAUUGAAAAUGCCGCGUUAAGUAUUAAAUUACAAUAAAAUUAUUAAAUAUAUCAAUUCAAUUUUUUCAUCAAUUUUAUCACCACCAAAUAGACAUCAAGUGACUAAAUAUGGAAGUUUAAUUACGUCUCAUGGCUGGAGGCACUUGCACUGACAAGCCAGGAAUUUUUGAUAACGUGAAAGAAGAAUGGUCAUAUCAUCGUCAAUGUCAGUUUAAAAAUAAGCUUGACAAUAAGUUGUUGAGUGAUACUUUUUAUAAAAGAAGAAAAGUUGAAUAUAAACGUACUUGCACGAGAAAUAUUUCUCUAUUUCAAAAAAAUAUAUUUAGAAUAUUAACUGGAUGUUUUAAUAGUGAUCUUUAUAUAAUACAUGAUACAAAUGUGAUAAAAACAAACUGUUGCAUAUUUAAAACAAGAUCACCAAGUUUGUACAAUGUUCUAGAAUAUUUUUUUGUUAAAAAUGGGAAACCAAUAAAAUGCUACCUCAAUACAGUUCAAGCAUUCCAACGAAUCGACAAUUUUGUUAGAUUACUGUAUAUCAAUACUGAUAUAUCAAGUGAAGAAAAGACCCUGUUAAAAUUUUUUUCAAAUGAAAAAAAUUGUAUUAAAUCAGAGCUAAUUAAAAGUGAUGAAAAUGAUGUAAGUACAAGUUCAUUAGAAAUGGCUGAUUCUGGAUUAGAAACUGGAUCAUUGAGUCUCAAUGAAAAUACAGAAUCAGAAAAUUCUGGUACUGAUAUUGAAGAGUCGCAUGUCAGUGAUUACAUUCCCACUGAUGAUGGUUUUAUACGAUUAAAUUGUAAUGCUGAUAAAUUAAAUGAUAAAAAUAUAUUAACAAAAGAAAAUAAGUGUAUUGAUAGUAAGGCAUGUGGUUCAUCAAGCUUAAUGGCUAGACAGUUUGAUCAAAAAUAUUUAUCAGGUAACAAUGGUGAUGAUGAAGAUGAAGAAGAAGAAAUUACGACUUGUGACAAUGUUGAUGAUGUAGCACGAUAUGAAAAUGAAGUUUUAAAUGAUAUAUUUUAUGAAUCAGAUGGCAAUGAUAAUGAACAGAGUGCUUCUUUUGUACAAACUGGAUCAUUUGAAUUUAUUGAACCUGAAAAUUUAUCUUCAUCAAUGCCAAUUGGAGCAACAAAAAAAAAUACAACAACUGUUGAUUUAUCUAAAGAAUUUAUUUCAGAAAAUAAUUAUCAAGAUGAAAAAACAUCAGCAAUUCCACAAACAAGAAGUAUGAUUGUAGAAAAUAUUCAACAUGAAUUAUCACAUUCAAAUGACAAUUCUCUUAAUAAAAGUUCAUCAAGUGUUAAUAAUUAUUAUUUUAUUGAUGCAUCAAGUCUUAAUGAUGAGACUGAAGUUGCAUCAAUAACAAGUACUAGUCAACAACCAAUUUAUAUGGAAUCAUUAAAUUACAUUCCUUCAAAAUCACAAAAUUCCAAUGAUCAAAUGAAUAAAAUUAUUUCAAGAUCAUCAUCAUCUCAUCAAUGUGGUCAUGAUGAAAUUGCUGAAUUUCAACGUGAGCUAAAAUUAACUGAAACAUUAGAACCUCUUGUUGAACAGCGUAAAGUAAAACGUGUUGAUUCAAUAACAGAUGAUAAAAAAAUUGAAAAAGAAUUACUUGUUGUUGAAAUAAAAGAAGCUGACAGUGGUGAAAGUAAUCAUCCAUCACCAUGUAUUGAUAAUAAUAAAAGACUACAACAAUGUGAAAAUAAUUCAAAUAUUAUAAAUGAAAAUACAAAUGAUUCACGUAGAUCUUCAUUAAUACGUGGUAAUACAUUUGAAUUAGAGCCUGGUGAUAAAAAAUUAACAAAUGCCAGACAAGAACAUGAGCGUCGUCAGGGUAAUCUUGUAUUUAGUAAUUCAAUUCCACAAUAUUCUGGUCAUCGAGUUGAUGGUGAUUCAGUGUCAGAUAGAACAAGCAAUUAUUCAUCAAUGUCUUCAUAUUUUCCUCAUGAUGCAUCAUCAUCAUCAAACAAUAGUAUUGAUAAAUUAAAAUAUCAAAGAACAAAUCAUCAUGAUUUUAUGUCAUACGAUGGUAAUUUAAAUAAUUUUAAUGAUCCAAAAUAUCCAAUGAUAAAAAGUGCAAGUGAUAAAUUAUUAGUAGAUUGUACAGAAAUUAAUGAUAAUACAAUUGGUGAUUGUAUGAGUUUACCAAUGACCUUUGAUGAUCACAGUCAUUUUGGUAGUAUUAAAAAAACAAAAUGUGAUGAAACAACACCUAUUGUAUCUGGUGGUGUCUGUACAAAUGAUUAUUCACAAUCAGUUAUUGACAGUCCAGUUAUUUUACGUAGAAAAACAGAAUCAACACCAAUUGUAUCAGGUGGCUCAAUAAUAAUGACACCAUCACCGCCACCAACAACAACAGCAACAUCAUCAACACAAGAUAAAAUUAAAUCAAUUAAUAGAUUAUCAUCAUCAAUGACAGCAUGGGUUGUUGAUAUGAGUGAUUGUACUAAAACAAAUGAAAAAUCAAAUCCAACAUCACCAAAUAUGUCAAAAAGUUUAUCAACAAAUGAAUCAUGUAGUAGUAGUAGUAAACAAAUAAAUCAUACUAAAACACCGGAUAAACCAAAUAGUUUGGGUUUUUUUAUAAAUUUAAAUGACAUUGAUAAACCAAGUAUGUCAAAAACAACAGUAACAACAACAAAAAAAGAUCAAAAUUUUAUUAAUAAACAAUCAUUUUUUAUUGAUUUAUCAUCAAGUAAUAAUGAUGAUAAAAAAAUAAAAAAAUAUCAAAAUAAUAUUAGCAAUGAUUGUGGUAAAUUACAACAUGAUAAAAAUGAAAAAAAAAAUAUAUUUUCAAUGUUUAUUGAUUUAAAUGAUACGAAAGGUGUUAAAUCGAAUGAAAGAGAAAUUAAAUCAUUGAAUAGUUUACAUCAAGGUCAUCGUAGUAUAACGGAUGAUGACAUUGGUAAAAGUGAUAGUUCAAAAGAACUGAGAUCGUCUACUGAUAAAAAAGGUGUAUUUAUGUUUAUUGAAUCAGACUCACCAGUUGUACGACGUAGAACAUUGUCAACAUCAAGACCAGCAUUUAAACGACACUCAUGGAAUAUGGAAAAAAGUCAUCAACAAAUAACAACAACAAAUGGUAAUAGUAAUGGAAAUAGUAAUGGUAAUGGUAAUGGACAUAUUAAUCGUGAUACAAUAUUUCGUCGUGAACAUAAACGUGCACACAGUGUAUCAAUUGAUCCAGAUAUUCAUAUGAAAUUAACAGCAAAAAAAAGUGAUUCAAGUAUGUCAUUAAAUAAUAUUGGUAAAACAAAUUCAUUAAAUAUACCAGAAACAUCACAAGAGGCAAUACAAUCAGAAUUAAAUAAUGAUCAAAUUUAUUAUGAAAUUCGUGAUACACCACCAAAUUCACAUAUUGAAAUAAUAAAUGAUGAUUUACGUGGUCGUGUUAUGAAUCAAGAAUACAAAGAACUUGUACGUAGUGAUUGUAUGUAUUCAAGUACAGAUGCAUCAUGUGAUGCUAAAAUACUUGAUGAUGAACGUUCAGAUAUUUCAAUGUGGGAAAAAACACCAACUGAAAGUACUGAUUGUCAUACAAGAAAAAGUGAAACAUUUGAUAUAAGUAGUGGUGGUGGUAGUGGUCCAUCACCAGAAAGUGAUAAUAAUGAUUUUGAUUUAAUUGAAUAUCAUAGUGAUAUUAUAAAUCAAGUUGAUCAAUUACAUACAACAAAAAUAUCUGAAACACAUAAAUCAUUGACUGAAAAAAUUAAAAAAAUUGAAUGUGAAUUUGAUGAUGAUAAAUUAAAAAUUAUGAGUAAAAGUGAUAAUACCAAAGAUAAAAAACAACAAGCAUCAUGUUCAGGUUUUGUUAGAUUAUCUGAUCUUGAUAAAACACCAACUGAUGAUUCAAUUAAAGCAACAACAGCAACAACAACAACAACAACAACAAAUAAUCGUAUGAGUAAAAGUAUACCUGAAACAUCUUGGAUAGAGAGUAAAUUAGCUGUUAAUCGUACAAUUAUUGGACCAUGUCAAAUAAGAACAUUAUCAUCAAGAAAAUAUUCAACAAUAAUGAGUACAUCAUUACCAGCUAAAAAUAAUAAAUCACCAACUGAUGAAUUUACAUCAUCAGCUCUUAGUGGUGGUGGUGGUGGUGGUAAUGAAAUGCCAUCUGAAUCUGAUUUAAGUAGUAUGCAAAGUAGCAUGGCAAAAUCAUGUGCAAGUACUGAAGAAACAGAAACAUCAAGUAUCAUUGCAACAAAACCAUAUAAUCGUCUUGGUGAAGAUUUAUUACGUAUGUUUAUUGAAGAAAUAAAUCCAGAUGUUACAAUUGAUGUUGGUGGACGACGUAUACGUGCACAUAAAUGUAUAUUAAGUUCAAGAUGUCAAUAUUUUGCAGCAAUAUUAAGUGGUAGUUGGAUUGAAAAUGCUGGUAAUGUUAUAACACUAAAAGGAUAUUCAUAUAAUUCUGUACAUUUUGCAUUGUGUCAUAUAUACAGUGGUGAAAGUAAUAUUCCAGAUACAAUAAGUAUUGUUGAAUUAGCAACACUUGCUGAUAUGCUUUGUCUUGAGGGUCUUAAAGAAAUUAUUGGCUACACAUUAAAAGUUAAAUAUUGUCAUUUAUUUCAUAAACCAUGUCAAAUUUGUACUGUUGGAGUUUUAGAAUGUAUGCCAUUGGCUGCUGCUUAUGGACUUGAUGAAGUUUAUAGAAAAUCAUUGAGAUGGAUUACACGUCAUUUUGUACGUAUUUGGCCAUGUAAAGCAUUUGCAUCAUUACCAAAAGAAUUAAUGGAUAAAUGUUAUCAACAACAUAUUGUACAUAUGUCAGCAGAUAAUAUUUUACAAACAAUAAUGGAUUGUGAUAAACUUUUAGCAACAUUACCAAAUGUCAGAUGGGCUGAGCCAGUAUUUCGUAUGGUUUCAAAUUUAUUAGAAAUUGCAUUAAAAUAUUUAUCUGAUAAUUUUUCAAGUAUACUUGGUAAUGAUAAUUUUCAAGCACUUGGUAGAGAUUUAACAUGGAAUAUUAGUAGACUUGAAGAUAAUAUAUUGUCAUGUGCUGAUAAAUUAUUACCUGAUCAAGCUUGUAAAAGUUAUUCAAGAAUAAGUAAAAUGAUUUCAUCAAUACCAUCUGAUGAUUCAAUUAUAAAACCACAAUGGAAUUUUUUAUUUAUUGAAUUAUUAAAAAAAAUAAAAAUAAGAGUUGAAAAAUGUUUAAUUAAAGAUGCUGCUAGAGCAGCAAGAACAACAACAUGGUUAAAAAUGGAUUUAGAGCUACGUAGAAAAAUUCAAGAGCUAGCUUGUCUUGUUAUUUUACCAAAUGAAACAAUUAAAAGACCAACAAGACAUUCAAAUUUUAUGAAAGAUAUUAAAACACCACCAAAUCGUACAUCAGCAAGUAGAAGUUUAGAUUUACGAAGAGUUAAAAUGACAAUUACUGAUCAAGUUGAUUUAAAAACAACAACAACAACAACAACAAAAUCUAAUAUUUCACAAAUUAAAAAUAUUAUGACAAAACCAAAGACAGAUCCACUUGAGCGUAAAAUGCAAACAACUAAAAUUGGACAAACUAUUGAAGCUAAUAUUAGACCAAAAUCAUGGCCAAAUAAAUUAGAAGUUAAAUCACGUUAUUUAGAGCCAAGAACAAAAUCUGUACCCAAAGAAAAUCCAUCAGAUAAAACAAUUGUUCAACAAAGAAGAAAAAAUUUAAUUUCAUCAUCAGAUUCAUCAAGAACAUCAAGUCCAGCAAUGAAAAGAGCUGUUGCUGCUGCUGUUGCUGUUGGUGUUGCUGUUAAUGCUAAUAAAAAACCAAUAACAAGAUUAAAAAUGUCUAUUAAAAAAGAUGUUAAAGCAUUGUCAACAGAUAGUUUAACAGAAACAUCAACAAAUAAUAAAUCAAAAAAAAAAGAUACAUUAAGUAAAAGUUGUGGUAUAACAAGACCAGAAUCACCAUCAUUAAAAUCAAAAAAUAGUACUAUUGACAUUGACAUAUCAACUGACUCACUUGCUGAUAUUAAAAAAAAACCAAUUACUACUACUAGAAAAAAUGGAAAAAUGGAUAAUUCAAUAUCAGCUGAUAGUUUAGAUCAACACAAAACACCAAAGACAAAUAUUGCAAUUAAAAAAUCACCUAUAUUAAAUAAAACAGCCACAACAACAACAACAACUGGUGGAAAAAGUCAAAUAUUAGAACGUACUAAAAAAUCAUUAUCAUCAUCACCACCAAUUAAUCAAAAAAAUCCACUUAGUUUAACUACCAAAAGACCAGCAAGAUCAGUUGAAAGUUCAACAGCAGCUAGUAGAAAUAGAGCAGCAGCAACAACAACAAUUUAUCAUGGUUCACCAAGUUUACGUAGAAGUCUACUUGAUGCAGCUAAAACACCAGAUAUACCAAGCAAAAAUAGCAAUGGUAUAUCAUCAAAAAUAAAUUCACGACAAAGUACACCAUCAACAAGUACACCUACAUCAAUUAAAAAAGAUAUAUUUAAUCCACCACGUAGUGAAAGUCCAAAUAAAAAAUCACCAAAAUUAAAUGGAACAACAACAUCAACAACAACAAGACCAACAAGACCAAUUAAUGCUGGUAAAAAAACACUAAAAGGUAUUGAAGAUAAAUUAAAAAAUAAAUGUCUUGUUGCUGAAACUCUUGGCUCUAGAUCAGGUACAUUUUUAAAAGAUGAACCGACUGUUUUAAAAAAAUCCGAUAUGAAAAGUACACAAGUUACAACAUAAUUUAUGUAACUUGUUUUAUAAAAAUUAAUGAUUGUAAACAUGAUUAAAAUUAAAUGUGUUAGUUUGCCUAUUUUGCUCUUUAAUCACGAGGCUAAUAAUUUUCGUGAAAGUGAUAAUAUCUUUAUCUACGUUAAUUAAUAAUAAUCAGUUGAUCACUGAAUUUAUUGAGAUUCAUUUAAGUUAUAUAUAAAUAGAUUGGUAUGAAUGUGUUAAUUUUCAAGGAAUUUAUUACGUGUAUAGAAAAAAAAAUUGUGUACAACCACUUAAUUAAUUUGCAAUAUUUAUAAUUGCUAUGGAAUUCCAAACAAUUUUAAGUGCGCUAUUUUUUAUUACCAUCGCUUAAUCAAUUUAGAUGUAUUUAAUUUUUUUGCUUCGAAAUAGCAUGUUAUAUAAUAAAAACUUGUAGUGGAAUAUAUUUAGCCAAUUUAUGGCAAGUAAUGUUUAUAGAAUUUCACACAAAUUUCAUUACAAAACGAAAAAAAAAAAGAAAAAGAAAAAAAAAAAUUGAAAAACAGCCAUAUAUAUCUUAGUAAUAUCUUUUUGUUUUUUUUUUUUAAAUUUCAUUAUAGGUGAAUUGCCAUUGUCAAUCGAUUAAAUUUAAAAUAAUCUAUUAUUUGUUUUGUUUAUUUUUUUAUAAUGAAAAUGUAAAAGUGAAUCGGGAAUAAGCAUAUAUGCCAAUCUCAGUUACAAACUGUCAUGCUG